AUGACCACAACUCUGCCACCCGCGGCCACUCUGGUGCAGUUAUUGAAAGACGAUACUCCUGAUGAUUUUCGAUUAUGGACUUUGAAAACGCUCAACAACUGCUGUCCUCAGCAGUGGUGCCAGAUUGCGUCGGAGGCGUCGACACUAGAGUCCUGUUAUGGGACUAUGAAAGAUAAUAACGUUUGUAAAAAGGCGUUGGCUUUGCUGUUGAGUCAAGUAUAUUUCCAUUUGGACGAUUAUGCUCAGGCUUUGCGGUAUGGUUUGUCGAGCGACGAGUGGUUAAUGAGUUACAUGCGAAGUUUUUACGGGAGCGAAGACUCGUCAAUGCGAGAGCCUGUAGCUAUCGACGGGACCGCGGAGGUUCCGGAGCCGAGUGCAGAGUUGAAAGAGUUUGUCGACAAGCUAAUAUCAUUGUGUUUGGAUGAGUACGUGCGUAUUCGGUCUCGAGAUACUGAGUCGGCGCUCGACGGCUUGGUGGGGCGAACGUUAGGGACUGAAGCGGCAGCCAUGACCCUGCAGCCUGAUAGCAAAGACGGGUCCGGAAUGGAGAGAGAGGAUAGCAAUGUUCCUUUGGACAAGUUAGAGAAAUUUGUCGAGUCCUUGUUGCGGUUGGAGGAUGUGCCGGAAUAUUCAGAGGAGACGCUCAAGCUGUUGCUUGGAAUAGCGAUAGAAGCUUGUAAUAAGGCGCAAGUGGAAAGGAUUCUAAAGUUUACGGCUGACCCGUUCAACCUGAUUCGGUACGUAAUGAGUGUGCACGAGUUAGUAAUCCCUAGCAAGCAGUUCCGGCAGGAGGUGUUGGAGGUCAUUCGCGCAAUUUACAACAGCAAGUUGGGGGACUUUGCGGGUUCGAAUCCGGGAGGUGUGGCUAGCAAGUUCACAGAUGAGCUGCCGACAUAUGUUCAAGCGUUGUAUCUCUGCAAGGACACUGACGGGAUUGUGAAGGUGAUUCGGGCGUUGGUGGACAGCACGGAGAAGGUGAAUCACCUCAAGGCCUACCAACUGGCCUUUGACUUGUUCGAGUACGGAUCGCAGAGUCUGAUAAAGGACAUCCGCCGACAUCCAUUAUUGCAAAAGAGCGUCAAGCCGGCCUCAGAGAACCCGACACCGGCAGAGCCAGAGCCCGAUGUGGCAAAGUUAACGGAUUCCGGGGUUGACGAGGAGUUGGGGCGGAUCGAGAGCAUUUUGUCAGGCGGUUAUCAGACGCGUUUAUUGUUGAAAUUUUCGAACGCUAAGAAUGAGACGGACUUGGGAAUUUUGGAGGCGGUGAAGCAGGGUCUUGGUAGUCGGUACGCGGUCCUGCAUUCCGUGCUGAUAGUGUGUCAUUCGUUUAUGCAACGCGGGACAACAUGCGAUUUAUUCUUGCGGAACAAUUUGGAAUGGUUCAGCAAAGCCACUUGUUGGGGCAAGUUUACGGCUACGGCGAGUUUGGGAGUAGUGCAUCAGACGCACAAUGACAAGUCGUUCCGUGUACUCUCUACCUACCUACCGGGCAUUCCUGGUUGGUCUGCCGGGAGUUCGUUUAGCGACGGUGGCGCGUUGUAUGCAUUAGGUCUCAUCCAUGCGAAUAUGGGGAGCGAGGAAGUGAUUCGCUACCUCUUGUCGCAGUUAUCCGGACGCGGUAGUGGUGAGGAGCGGACGGUUAACGAAGUGACGCAGUAUGGCGCGGCAUUGUCUUUAGGACUGGCGGGGAUGGGUUCAGGUGAAGCAAGUGUGUCUGAGGCGCUCGAGGCUGUUUUGAUGAUGGACAACGCGACGGCGGGAGAGGCGGCGGCGAUAGCACUGGGCUUGGUUGCGAUUGGAACCGGGGACCGUAAGGUGAUCAGUACAUUGUUGUUGUACGCACAGGAAACACGGCACGAGAAAAUCGUACGAGCCUGCGGUUUGGGAGUAGCCUUUUGCUGUCUGGAGAUGCAGGAGGAGGUGACGGAUGUGGUAGAAGAGAUGCUGCAGAACUUGGACCCUUUAGUGCGUUAUGGUGGCUGUUUUGCUCUAGCACUUGCCUACGUCGGUACGGGCCGUCAAGCAGCCUUAAGGACGCUGCUGCACAUCGCCGUGAGCGAUCCAGUCGACGACGUACGGCAGGCAGCCGUAAUCUCGGUGAGCUUCCUCCUCUCCAACCGUCCGGAACAGGCUCCGCGGGUCUUCCGAUUUUUGGCGGACUCAUUCAAUUUCCGUGUUCGAUACGCGGCAGUCCUGGCUCUUGGUAUCAACUGCGCGGGUACCGGCAGUCCAGAAGCGCUAGCAAUUUUAGUACCUGCGACACGGGACGUGCAUGACGUGGUACGACAGGGCGCUUUCAUCGCACUCGGUCUCGUCAUGGUGGAAUGUUCGGAACGUUUUGUUCGCGAUAUGCGCGUCGAACAGGAACGAAAUGCGCCGGAGACUCAGCGCAAGGCGCGGGAACAGAACCGGCAGGGCAAACGUGCCGCUAGUUCCUCCCUCGACGGCAUCCCGACACCGAUGCAGGUGCGCGAACAUUUGGUGGAGACCGCACUCGAUCUUAAGGAAGACCUUAUGGCCCGCGUGGGCGCUAUCGUUGGCCUCGGCAUCCUUGAUGCUGGUGGACGCAAUUGCACCAUCGCUGGACCUCGUCGUCGCGAAACGCUUGUUGGACUCGUCCUCUUCGCACAGUACUGGUACUGGUACCCGCUCAUGCUCUGUCUAUCCCUCGCCAUGACCCCCACCGCGCUGCUAGGCAUAAACCAAGAUCUUAAAUGCCCCAAGGACUUCCGUCUCGAAGCCGCCAACCCACCCUCCCUCUUCGCAUACCCACCCAAGUUCGAACGUGAGAAGAAAAACAAGACCGUCAAAAUUGCUAACACUCUGCUCACCGCCGCCGUCAGGGCCGGCGCCGUCCCGGACACCAGUAAGGAUACUGGUAAGGAUGCUGGUAAGGAUACUGGUAAGGACACCGGCAAGGAUACUGGUAAGGCUGGGAAGGAUACUGGUAAGGCUGGGAAGGAGGCAACCGUCGCGAAGGAAACAGGCGCCGGGAAGGAAGCAGGCGCCGGCAAAGAAACCAGCACUGAAGAACACAUGGCAGUUGAGGAGGAAGAGGAGCCGAACGUCCAAGUGAUUCACAACGGCUCCCGAAUCGUGCACAUGCAAACGCCUCUACUCAAACAGGAAACCAACCCUAGGUAUGUUCCCGUGUUCCCCAAAAGGAAAAUGAACGGCGGUAUCGUUAUGCUCGUUGACACCAGGUACGACCACACUUACCUCUCCCCCAUCUCUCGGGCUUCCCUGCCCCCCCUCCCCCCCUAA